AUGUCUCGGCCCAGCAGCAGAGCCAUUUACCACAACCGGAUGGAGUAUACCCAGAGCCUCGUCAUGGAGCCCGGCCAGAUGCAGCACCGUGUGGAGCACCUGAUGACGUGUAAGCUGGGGACGCGGCAAAUCCAGGAGCCCAAGGACGUGCUGCAGCGGCUGCAGGACAUGGAAGCACGAGGCCAAGUGUGGAGCCAGGACCUGCUCCUCCAGGUCAGGGAUGGCUGGAUGCAGCUGCUGGACAUCGAGACCAAGGAGGAACUGGACUCCUACCGCCUGGACGGCAUCCAGGCCAUGGAUGUGGCGCUCAACAUCUGCUCCUACAACUCCAUCCUGUCCAUCACCGCACGGAAGUCAGGUUCCACGGGCACCAACACUCUGCUCUUCCAGUGCCAAGAAGUGGGGGCAGAGAAACUGAAGAGCAGCCUGCAGAAGGCGAUGCAGGAGGAGCUGGAACAGAGGCCCCGCUUUGGAGGGCCUCGGCCAGGCCAGGACAGGUGGCAGGGGCCUCCCCCGGAAAGGCCUGUCCCCAUGGAGCCGAGAUUCCCGCAGGAAAGGGACUUCUCUGAAGAGCCGCCCUACAGGAUGGCCCAGCAGGAGUACGCCCGGCUGCCCCCAAAGCCACUGUCACGCCAGUCCAGUGUUCUGGGGGAGCCCUACCCCGCCAGGCGGCCCCCCUCCCCUGAAGACCAGGACCUGUUGGGGGCUGAGAUGGAGCUGAACCGCACCCUGCAGGAGAUUGAAGCGUUUGUGAAAACAGUGGAGGCCCAGGGAAAGGCCAGCCACAAGAAGAAACUAAAGAAGAAAAAAGACAAGAAUCAGGGCGGUGUGACUCAGGCACAGUACACUGAUUGCUUCCAGAAGAUCAAGCACAGUCUCAAUCUUCUGGGCAUGCUAGGCCAUUGCCUGCAGGAGCCAGGGGCUCCGGAGUUCGUGCACAUCCUGUUCCAGACUCUGAGCCACUUGCUGGACUACUGCUCUGAGAAGACCCUGGCAGCCCAAGUGAUCUCACCGCUCCUCACCCCCAGCGCUAUCAACCUGCUCCAGUCCUGCCUCAGCCAGAAAGAGAGCACGUUCUGGAAGGGGCUGGGCAUCGCCUGGACCACCAGCCAGGACCAUUGGAAAGGCAGCGAGCCCAUCCCUUACCAGCCCACCUUCACCAGUGACUUGAUGAGUCCAAAGCCCCUCAGCCAGGAACCGUACGACAGUGGCCGGGCAGCUCAUGGGAUGCAGGCUAUCUGUGAGUUCCAGGCCAGGAACCAGCAGGAGCUCACAGUGGCCCAAGGGGAGGUGCUGGAGGUUCUGGACCAAAGCAAGCGGUGGUGGCUGGUGAAGAACCAGAGGGGCUCGAGUGGCUACAUCCCCAGCAACAUCCUGGAGCCCCUGCAGCCGGACCAGGGCCAGUCUCCGCCUUGGACACCAACGCUGAGACUCAGCUCGAAGCCGGCAGAGGUCACAGCCUGGCUGCAGGCCGAGCACUUCUCCCCCGACACGGUGAAGACACUUGGGCACAUGAACGGCCGCCAGCUGCUUCACCUGAGAUCCGGGGAGCUACAGAUGCUGUGCCCUCAGGAGGCCUCACGGAUCCUGUCGCGGCUGGAAGGCAUCAAACGGAUGCUGGGGAAGCUCACCCCACCCCCCAGCUCCCGAAGCCCUGAGGAUGCGAAGUCCCCCAACGGAGACACGGUGUCACUUUAUGCUGUAGUGAAAGCAACUUCCACCCUAUGCAACAGCUGUAGUUUCUCUGACUAUAACCACAGAGAAGGCUUGCUGAAGACCGUCCCUUCUCUGCUGAAUUUGCCCAUAGCGCUAACAGUGUCCGGGAUCUAG